AUGGACGCAGAAAUAAAAGAAGGGCCAAAUUGUUACGAGAAUCAACUACGAGCCAUGUCGAUGUGUUGGUCUGGAUUUGACCCAGUGGGUUCAAACGGCUUCAUAUCCAGUUGUUCGCAUCAAUUAGUAACAUGCCCAACGUUAUCGAUGACAAUUGCCAAGCAAAAGGACCAGCAGAUAGUGCAUCCGUUUCAUCCAUGCAGUUUCGUCUCCUUUGCGCAACAUUUCUCAACGCUGUCUUUCAACAGCAACAGUACUACGCCCUCAACCUCCUCUUCAUCGUCAUUCCCAGCACCAACUAAAAAGAAGCCCGUCCCCGUUCCUGAAAAUUUGAAAGACGAAGCAUAUCGUGAACGUAGAAUGAGAAACAAUGAAUCAGCUAGAAAAUCCCGAGAACUUAGGCGCCAAAAAGAAGAAUCGACGCAAAUACGAUGUGAUCAACUCCUGCAGGAGAAUCACAUUCUGCGAGCCGAAUUGUCUCUAUUACGAAACCAAAUGGAACAAUUCCGACAGAUUUUCCCAAUUUCUUUCAAAAUCCCGCAACAAAAUUUCGUAUCCGGCAGUUCUGUUUCUGGUUUAUAA